GGGGAAAGAAUACAGAGAGGGAAAAAGAGCGAAUAGGAGAUAACAAAGGGGCUCCAAUUCACUUCACUUAGUUACAGGAGGGAUCGAUCACUCUAUGCUUGAGACUAAUUUCGCUUCAGUUGAGCUUCAUUUUCCUAUAAACUGAUAAAAAUCUUCACUUUAAACCAAUCACGACGCUUUUUUCCAUUCUUUCUGUUCGGAUAAGAGACGGAAAAUAAAAUAGUAACGUAAGAAGAAGAAUUGACUCGGAAGAUAGAAGCAAAGUAAAUUCAGCACACAACAAACCAUCGAACCCAACUAGACCCGAAUUGUUCACGCCUUUCGCAGUCCAUAUCUUCUCUUCUGGUACACUGAAUGAAUGUUGUUUGUAGUAGUUUCCAACCCAAUACACUCGACAACACACAAGCAAAUUGUCUAGUUACCCCAUCGCUCGACGACAAUAUAUUAGACUGCCUCAAUCACAGGUAACUAAUUCAGAUAGAUUGUCAUCAGUAAAAGAGGACACUUGAUUGGAACCUUUGGAGCCUAACAGGGUAGGAGAAGCAUCAUUACGAAGUCAUCCGAAACAGUAAUUGCAGACCACACUCAAAAACCAACAGGCAGGUGUAAGAGCAAAAACUUUUCCAGGAGAAUAAUUAGAUAUUCGGAUCUGCUACACUAAAAAUAGAGAAGAAAAGAAGAAAAAAUUCAGUCUGUGCUUGGAUCCAGUAGAAACAAAACGUGUGCCAGAGUGAAGUUACUUGAUUAUACCAGCAAUUCCUGUAAAACUAUAUUGAGGUUGUGAAACUGGGGUGUAUCAUCAGCAGCUGAUCAACAUCUUCACUUCCUUUAAAGUCCCGAAUUUUCUGCCACUGCGUUUCUUCACUUAGCAGUCUAUACCAACACAGAAAGAGGCACAGACAAACAAAUUCCUACUCAAAUCACAUCAACUCGAUUUAUUUGACAUUGCCCGGUCUAAGAAAUAACUCGCCUUGAGAACAAAAACUUUAAUUGGAGGAGAUUGUGGAUACUAUCGAGUUUGCAAUCGGACGAAAAAUCUCACAAGCUUUCCGAUGAAUAUGCCACAUAAAGGUCACAGUGGUGUGAACCAGCUGGGGGGAGUGUAUGUGAAUGGGAGACCCCUGCCGGAGUCCACUCGGUCCAAGAUAGUGGAACUGGCUCACAGUGGUGCCAGACCAUGCGACAUAUCCCGGCUGCUGCAGGUUUCAAAUGGGUGUGUGUCAAAGAUACUGGGCAGAUACUAUGAGACAGGCACCAUCAAGCCAAAAGCCAUCGGGGGCAGCAAGCCAAGAGUGGCAACACAGGACGUCGUGAACAAAAUAGCCGACUACAAACAGGAAUGCGCAUCUAUUUUCGCGUGGGAAAUCAGAGACCGACUCUUACAAGACCAGGUGUGCAAAGAGGACACAGUUCCUUCCGUCUCCUCAAUCAACCGAGUUUUAAGGAACCUUUCGAACUCUACUCCUGCUGAUCACAAUCACAACCUUAAGCACAGUCCUGGUUCAGAUUCAGUGGCAAAUGUUAACUCAGGAACCCUUCUACACACUCCAGGAAGUAACGGCGCACAGAACUCAGAUGACGCAACGGAUGCGGCGACUGCUGUUGCAAACGGGACGUACAAAAUCAUGACUCACUACAGACCAAACCAGUCGCCUGGGUCCAACAAUGGCUGGCCAUGUUCCAAUGGGGGUGGGGGUAAAGUAACCCCAGGGGCAUCCCCUUCGCCAUUUUACUCCUACAACAUUUCACCCGGAUCUCAGUACAUAGCAAUCGCCGCAGCGGCGGCCCAAGCGGCGGUGCAAGGGGGUUUUGGGAGCUGUGACAAGAAGACUAUGGGAAUGAUAGGGUCUGAUAUGGAUAUGGAAGGGGGAGUUGGACUAAGUGUAGCCGCUUCAGAGGAAGCGAGGAUGCAACUGAAACGCAAGCUGCAGAGAAAUAGAACUUCAUUCACGCCUGAGCAGAUUGAAGCACUUGAGAAACAGUUCGAAGUUACCCACUACCCGGAUGUGUUUGCUCGUGAAAGACUAGCCGGUAAAAUUAAUCUACCAGAAGCUCGCAUUCAAGUUUGGUUCUCAAACAGACGAGCCAAAUGGAGGCGAGAAGAAAAGCUGCGUUCUCAGAAGCAACAUCACCAUCUUCAUCAAACGCCAACAGGUAACACUCCCAACACCAUGGACAAGUUUGGAGGAUCAGUCAGUCCGGCAACUGGUUUUAAUCAUCAGUUCCACAUGCUGGCGAACAAUUUCUACUCUAAUCUACCAGCGUAUGCAGCACCAGCAUUCUACGGGUACAAUUGUGCGCCCGCCACACCAUUCGACCACCCGGGCGCUCGUGGAAUGUAUGCGAACUCGACCACAGGUACUGCCUUUAUGGGCAGUCUAGCCAAUGGACUGACGUCAUCAGCAGCAGUUGCCGCUGCUUCUCUUCCUCCUGCUCUUUCUUCUGUAAAUAACAACACCAUCAACACUCCCUCUCAUCUCACCUCUCUCGCCGCUGCUUCUUCGCAGACAGGUGCGGGGGUGGGAGGCGGCCCGUCGCCGAACAGUUUCUACGACUCCUACUUCGCAAUGACUAAUCACUCGUCCUCCGCUGCCGCCGUCUCGGGUAGAUGUGCGGCCAUUCCGGCAGGGCUGUCGUUGACGGGAGCACCUCACAACAGCCAGAACCAAGGCCAGCUGCAACUUCCAGGCGCCCCUUCGAGUGCAGACCUCAUUGCAAUAAAUCAGAUGCGUUCUCUAUGAUAUCAAAGCAGCAGGAGAAAAGUUUCAAAGUCGGAAAACUAAUAAGUUUCAAAAUUCAAUAAAAACAGAUUUUCAGCGUACGUUAUAAAUUUCAAGCAUCUAUUUUCAAUCAAAUUUCUGAUCUUUUUCUCUAUAUUAGAUGCUGACAUAAAUAAAAUACUCAUUUUUGUUGAUUUGAGGACAUAUUUGUAUGUACAUUAAGAAAAAAAAAGUCAAUGUUUUUUAAAUAAAAUCGA